UCAUCGGCGCUUUUGUAGCCGCAGGAUGUGUUUCUAGUUUGUUAACUUCUUCUGCUUUGCUGUGUGAACCAAAAACCACGUUUCUGUUGGACAACGCUUCAUUUCUGCUGUUUUUUGGGCAACAGAAACCCACAUUAACAGGGAGGUAAAGGAGUGAAAGGGGACGAGGACGAACCUGGAGGAGGAACAGGGCGUUCGGACCCAGAAGUAACCAUGGAAGUUCCUGGUAUGCAGAGUUCUCAGAUUGAUCCUGAGGAGCUGUUCACCAAGUUGGAUCGGAUUGGAAAAGGUUCCUUUGGAGAGGUGUUCAAAGGCAUUGAUAACCGCACUCAGAGUGUCGUUGCCAUUAAGACCAUCGACCUGGAGGAGGCAGAGGAUGAGAUUGAGGACAUCCAGCAGGAGAUCACGGUGCUCAGUCAGUGUGACAGUCCCUACAUCACCAAAUACUACGGCUCCUACCUGAAGGGUAGUAAAUUAUGGAUUAUCAUGGAGUACCUUGGUGGGGGUUCAGCGCUCGACUUGCUGCGAGCAGGACCGUUUGACGAGUCUCAGAUUGCCACCAUGCUGAAGGAGAUCCUUAAAGGUCUGGACUACCUGCACUCUGAGAAGAAGAUCCACAGAGACAUCAAAGCGGCGAAUGUUCUUCUGUCGGAGCACGGUCAAGUGAAGCUGGCAGACUUCGGGGUUGCCGGUCAACUGACGGACACGCAGAUCAAGAGGGAAACGUUUGUGGGAACGCCGUUCUGGAUGGCUCCAGAGGUCAUCCAGCAGUCUGCUUACGACUCCAAGGCUGACAUUUGGUCAUUGGGCAUCACAGCCAUCGAGCUUGCGAAGGGCGAACCUCCAAAUUCAGACAUGCACCCCAUGAGAGUACUGUUUCACAUCCCCAAAUCUGAACCACCGACCCUGAAAGGAGACUUCUCCAAGAGUUUCAAAGAGUUCACAGAAGCCUGCCUCAACAAGGAUCCCACCCAUCGUCCCACAGCCAAGGAGCUGCUCAAACACAAGUUUAUCGUCAAAUACUGUAAGAAGACGUCCUACCUCUGCGAGCUGAUCGAGAGGUACAGGCGGUGGAAGGCGGAGGGGCACAGCGACAGCAGCUCCGACGACUCUGACAGUGAGUCCAGCAACAAGGAGAACAGCGAGUGUCCAGAGUGGAGCUUCACCACCGUCCGUAAGAAGAAGACAGAUGGCAGGAAGGUUCUGAAUGGAACGGGUCAGGAUCAGCUGAGUAAAUCUGCCAGUCUGACUACAGUCAUCUCUCCUGUCUUCACUGAGCUGAAGCAACAGCACAAGGAGCAGUCUGAGCAGCGAUUGGCUAUUGAAGAGCUGGAACGCAACAUCCGAUUGGCUGAGGAGGUCUGCCCGGGGAUCACAGACAGAAUGGUGUCACACAUCAUUGCCAGGUACCAAAAAUUUACGUCUAAUUGAGGGUCGGAUGGAUGGAAAAGUGGGAGUAUGUGAAGAGACUUGGUCUCGUACGGUAACGCUGCUGGAUGUUCGGAAACUGAGGAGAUUUGCUGUGCGACGUCUCCUUGCUGUACAAAAACAUGUCUCUCUCACACACACACACACACACACACACACACACACACACAC